UCCGUUAGAUACCGUAAGUGUUACUUUACCGCCGCAGGACUGGUGGUUGAGCUGUACCUCUUUAUUUUAUUCCUCUGGGACAGGAGACAGGAGACAGGGACAGGACAUGGCUGGCGCGGCGGCACCGAAGCGGCAGGACACCCGCAAAUUCUUCGAGAAUCUGUCCGGAGCUGGUAAAUCCAUCGCGGUGCUGACCAGCGGAGGAGAUGCCCAAGGUAUGAACGGGGCGGUCCGCGCUGUCGUCCGGAUGGGCAUCUACGUGGGAGCAAAAGUCUUCUUCAUCCACGAGGGGUACCAGGGGAUGGUGGACGGAGGAGACAACAUCAAAGAGGCGACCUGGGAGAGCGUCUCCAGCAUGCUGCAAGUGGGUGGCACAGUCAUCGGCAGCGCCCGCUGCAAAGAGUUUCGUACCCACGAGGGCCGCCUGAAAGCCGCUCACAACCUGGUGCAGCGCAGCAUCACCAACCUGUGUGUGAUCGGAGGAGACGGCAGCCUGACCGGAGCCAACCUGUUCAGAGAGGAGUGGAGCGGCCUGCUGGAUGAGCUCCUCCAGCAAGGUCUGAUCGAUGAAGAGGCAGCUCGCAGUAACUCAGCGCUCCACAUUGUUGGGAUGGUCGGCUCCAUCGAUAAUGACUUCUGCGGCACCGACAUGACCAUCGGCACUGACUCUGCACUUCACAGGAUCAUCGAGGUGGUGGACGCCAUCAUGACCACCGCUCAGAGCCACCAGAGGACAUUUGUCCUGGAGGUUAUGGGCAGACACUGCGGAUACCUGGCCCUGGUCAGUGCCCUGGCCUGCGGAGCUGACUGGGUGUUUAUUCCAGAAAUGCCUCCUGAGGAUGGCUGGGAGGACGCCAUGUGUCAGAAACUGUCUGAGAACCGGGCUGAUAAGAAAAGGCUGAACAUUAUUAUUGUAGCUGAGGGAGCCAUAGACUCCCACAACAAGGCAAUAACUCCUGAUUAUAUCAAGGAUCUGGUUGUACGCUGCCUGGGUUUUGACACCAGGGUGACCAUCCUGGGCCACGUGCAGAGAGGUGGGACCCCCUCUGCCUUUGACAGGAUCUUGGCCAGCCGUAUGGGUGUGGAGGCCGUGCUGGCGUUACUGGAGGCCUCUGCCACCACCCCGGCAUGUGUUGUGUCACUGGUUGGAAACCAGGCUGUUCGACUGCCACUGAUGGAGUGUGUUCAGAUGACCCAAGAGGUGCAGAAGGCCAUGGAUGAGAAGAAGUUUGAAGAAGCAGUGAGGCUGCGUGGCAGGAGCUUUGAAAACAAUCUGACCACCUACAGACUCCUCUCUUACCGGAAACCAGAUUCUGAACUUCCAAAUAGCACCUUUAACGUUGCUGUGCUGAACGUCGGCGCUCCUGCAGCAGGUAUGAACGCCGCCGUGCGUUCUGCUGUCAGAGUGGGAAUCACUGAGGGCCACAAGAUGUUCGCUGUCAGUGACGGCUUCGAGGGAUUCUACAAGGGACAGAUCAAGGAGAUCAAAUGGGGAGAUGUGGGCGGUUGGACCGGACAAGGAGGCUCCCUGCUCGGGACGAAGAGAACUCUUCCAGCUAAACAUCUGGAUAAGAUUGCUGAGCAGAUGAGGAUCCAUAACAUUAACGCCCUGCUGGUCAUCGGAGGGUUCGAGGCCUACGUGGGAUUACUGGAACUUUCCUCUGCGCGGGACAAAUAUAACGAGUUUUGUGUGCCCAUGGUUAUGGUCCCCGCCACCGUCUCCAACAAUAUACCUGGUUCAGACCUCAGCAUUGGCUCAGACACCGCUCUGAACGCCAUUACUGAUGCCUUUGAGUCCCUGCUGCAGCUGUACGAGGCCCGGGCCGACUACGAGGAGUUUUGCAUCCCGAUGUGCAUGCUGCCUGCUACCAUUAGUAACAAUGUGGCCGGCACUGACCUCAGUAUCGGCGCUGACACGUCCCUCAACGCCAUCGUGGAGACGUGUGAUCGCAUCAAGCAGUCAGCCAGCGGCACCAAGCGGCGGGUCUUCAUCAUAGAGACCAUGGGGGGCUACUGCGGCUACCUGGCCACUGUGGGCGGUCUGGCUGCAGGAGCAGACACCGUCUACAUCUAUGAGGAGCCCUUUGACAUCAGAGACCUGCAGGCCAACGUGGAGCAUCUGACUCAGAAGAUGAAGACGAGCAUCCAGAGAGGCUUAGUGCUCAGGAAUGAGAACUCCAAUGAAAACUUUACCACAGACUUCAUCUACCAGCUGUACUCUGAGGAGGGACGAGGAGUGUUUGACUGCAGGAAGAACAUCCUCGGUCACAUGCAGCAGGGAGGAGCUCCAUCACCAUUUGAUAGAAACUUUGGCACCAAAAUUGCUGCUAAAGCCAUGCAGUGGAUCACACGAACGCUCAAGGAGUCGUACAAAGGAGGGCGAGUGUUUGCUAACUCUGAGGACACUGCCUGUCUGUUGGGAAUGCGUCGCAGAGCUCUGGUCUUUCAACCUGUGUCCCAGCUCCGGGACGAGACUGACUUUGUCCACAGAAUUCCAAAGGAGCAGUGGUGGCUGAAACUCCGCCCACUGAUGAAAAUCUUGGCCAAGUACAAGACGAGCUACGACGUGUCCGACUCCGGCCAGCUGGAACACGUGACCCGCUUCCGAUCCAAAGAGACCAAAAACAUGGAGACCAUCUGAACCGUCACACCUGCUGCCACAGAAGAGCUUCACUCCCACAAGAAAACAGCUCCACAGAACAGUGACGGCUACUCACAGAGAGAUUGACUGCACAUAAAUUAAGACAGAUAGUUGAUGAUUUUAAUGUUUGGUAAAGUUGGCACAUUGAGAAGGGAUCUUCUAUAUUCUAGGAAAUGAAAUUUAAGGGCAAGUCAUUAGGAAUAAAGCUCUUUACAUAGUUUUAACAAGCUAGCAGAGCUCACAUUGAUUGGAGAUCUGGAAAAUAAGUUAUUAUAAAUUUAUUAUAGACUUAAACAUAUACAAACACUCCUUAUUAUGUACUGUAAUAGUAUUUAAGUCCUGAUGUAGCUAUCUAAUUUUUUUUAAAACUACCUAGCUGAGCAAAAACUGUAAACAUAGCAAGGUGGGUGAUGCAUUUCUAGCAUUUGUCAUUUUUAUUCAUUUUCAAACGCACUUUGAGCCCCAUAAUAAAUGUAAUCCCGUAAAGAUGCUUAUAAAGAGAUAAUAUAUGCCAGGAGGGCCGCAUGCCGUCAGUCUAACGCCUGUUCACAACUUGAAAAACGUCUAUCAUCUUGAUUGUAACAUGGUAAUGUGACCUACAGGACGUUUAGUGAGCUGAGCCGGCCGUGUGUGCGUCCCGUCACCUGCUUAUUGUGUGUAUGAGUGUAUGUAUGUAUGUGUGUGUGUGUGUGUGUGUCGUGGUGUUGCCUUAGCCGUGUGUAUCCACCCUACUACACCCACUAUGGAUAUAGUGUCGUUUGUGAGUAGGGUCCUGCUGUUGCUCUAGUUUGGCAGUGAAGUGGAGAAUGUGUGAAACUUGUAUGCAACAUAAACUUUAUGUCCUGACAGCGUGUUGUGUCCCGUCACAGAGUAAUAAAGCAUAUAUUGUGUGGAAAGUUA